UCUAUAAAUAACAUAACACGAGCUUGGAUAUAAAAAAUUGCAACCUAAAAUCCAAAAAAAUGGACGAGAAAGCUGACAACAAAACCGGGGAAAUAGAGGAAACGGGUCCAAAAUCCGACGGGUAUUCUCCGAACCCGAAUCCGAAUCCCAAAACUGCGAGGACGAAGGUUCCAGAAGUGGAAGUCUGCCUGUAUCGACAAGGGAAAGGCCCGAUCGACACGUUCAAGUCGGGUCUGGGAGGUUGGGACCAGAACCAGUUGGAGGUCGGAGACAUUCUCGACAAGUACGGAUUCAAAUCGCUUUACGCUUUCAAUACCGAAUCGGGUCGCGGGGUUCCGAUCCGGUUUAACCCUAGAAACGGCAGGUCUAUGCUGCCGUAUAGAGAUGGAGCCACGGUCCACAUCGACGGAGAGCCUAAGGAUUCCAUGAUCCAACCGGUGACGAAAAUCUUAAUUGGAGUGGCUUUUAUGACCAUCCUGAUAACAUUGGUUUUGAGGGAUCCUCCGCAGUGGAUCCAGAAAUUAAACAUUACUGGAGGUAACUUCCCUCCAUGGAUCAUCGCUCUCGUGAUCAUAGUUUUUACUCGAAUGAGGAAGAGAACCAGGGAUUUGCUGAAAAAGUUUGGUUGGUGAAGGGCGCCAUUGAUGCUUCUCUUGUAAGGUUCAUUAGUUUCUCCAGUUGCUUUCAAAUUUUGUUAGAAGGUGAUUCGUAAUCACUGAAAGUUACUCUGAAGUAUUUAAUGAAUUUUGACAAC